AUGACAUUAGAACAAGCAGUAUUUAUAAUUUGAAUUUAGUUGUCUGAAGAUAGGGAAUAUUUGAGAUUGUAAAAACUCACUGAGGCAUUAAAACAAAUAACAAACGAAAUGCCUUACCUGAAAACUUUUAAUCAAGUGUCGACCAUUAAAUAUUGUAAAAUAUUUAUGCCAUAAAUAAGUGUUAUGUGCUUACCCAUUCAAUCCAAUAACUGUAGAACUUGUCAUCACUAGUCUAAUAGAUCAUUUUUAAGAUGAACAAUUUAUUUACACCUUUUUUUCAGCCAUAAUGGAAUUGGCAUAAAUAUAAGAACUGAACACUAUGUUAGGACAUCGAAAAUCAAAAGUGAUGGAUAUGUAUUACUUAUUUUAAUUAUUUGAGUUUUCCAUAAGCUAAGUCAAUCCACUUACCUCAUCAAGUUGGGCAGAGAUUUUGUAGAGCUGUUUAUGAAAAUAUAUUGGAGGCAAAGAAAUUUGCAUGCCAAUAUUUAAAAUAGUUGUUUGAUGUUGCCAUAUAAUUUUAAUAGGAUAUCUAAUAUUUUUCUAUGGUGUUCAAGUUGAUGAUCAAAAAUUCAACCAACACUGAAUUUAUUCAUUUUGUAAUAUAAAAAUAUGAAGAAUGCAAAAUUGAUUUGUUUGGAAAUCACAAAUGGAUUGAUGAUUUAGAUGAUGAAAUUAUAGAAUGUAAGUUUACUAACAAAUUUAUUAGAUUUUGAACAAAGCCAAAUACCAAUGCCCUUUGCUGUAAGUAAAGGACUGGAGUAAUAAAGAUAGGAUAUCAAAUUGAGUACCAUCUAAAACAACACUUCAAUGAGUAAUUCUAACAACGAUUCCUCAAUUUUGGAUGAAGUUGACAUAAUUAAAAAAGAACUCGAGACUCUCUAUGUGAAUAUGCAGAAGUGGCUCUGUAUUGUAGGGACUCCAUCUCUAAAAUCUAGAAUCGAAUAUUUGAGUGAUGAACAUCACUUCGAUUAUUUAAUGUCCUUCAUAUUUAAUCCAUUAAAAUAUGAGCCAAUUUAAGAUUGGGUAUAGACAUAAAUUAUUUUAGGAGGAUAAAUUUAAUAAUUUACAAGUUGAAGUUGAGUAGACAGAUUAUAAAGUGGAAUCAUAAUUGCCAUCAAAAUAUGAACUGAUAAGAUCAUAUAAAACUACAUUAAUAUUCUUGACUGAUGACAACUUUUAAGUGAUGAUUCAAACUGUUCCUAAAUUAAUCCCAGUUCUUCGUAUAUUAUCUUAAUUAUAUUUAAGUGUAUCAAAUAAAAGUGAGUUUGGAAGAGAAGAAUAAGUCAGUUAAUCUUUUGCAUAUCAGCUGCAUUUUGGAUAAAUUUCUACAGAAAUAUCCAAAAUCAACUGUAUUAUUAAUGACUGAAUUGAAUUUAUUUUAAAUCCUUGGAAAAUAUAUCUACAAUAACAAGUUAGCUACAAUAUUGGUAGAUGUUUUAGAUAUUUAAAUCGAUAGAUAUGGUAUUGGAUCUCCAUGUUAAGAAUAAUUAUGGAAAUAUUUUCAGCGCAUUAAUUGGUUUGAAACAAUCUCAGUUCUAUUGAUCAACAAAGAUUUUUAAUUCUAAAUUUUGGAACAAAAAGAAAACUAGAAGUACAUUCAAUUACUUAGAUCAUUUGCUUUAAGUGAGAAAGAAAAAACUCCACCAAUCAUUGAUUGUGAUGAAAAGAAGAAGUUAACUGACUUACUAGGAACAUUAUAAGCAGGCAAAACAAUGGAAGAAUAUUAUAAUUCAAAUUAAUUGAAUUGGCAAAUCAAUUAAACUUAAAGGGAACACAUAUUGUAUAGUCAAAUCGAAGUUUAAGAUAUUGAUGGGUUAAAAAAGUUCGUACAAGAAAGAGAUUCAAACCUUUAAAGAUCUAUACAUAGAAUUAAGACUUAAUAAAUGAUUAAGUCUACCAAAAUCACAACGUAAAUUACAAGAAAAUCCUCCUAAGUUAUACGCUGUAUAUAAAUUAAUAAACCUAUUUUGAGAGGCUUUCAUGGACAUAGAAGAUAUUGCGAGAGUAUAGAUUUUUAAUCAGAUACAAUAAGAGAGGAUUUAAAUAAUGAUGAGGAAUUGAAACUUCAUAAAUCCAAUCCAGGGAGUCUUAGGACUAGUUAAUAAAAUUCUGAAGAUGAUGAAGAUAUGGGAUCGAUUUCUCCCAGAAAGCUUAAGAUUUAUCCUGGAUAUAAAUUGCAUUUGUAUGUAAGUGAUUUUGAAAAGAAUGAAACCAAAUUUAAAAUCAAUAAACUUUAUUCUGAAGAAGCAGUCUAAUUACUAAAAUUCUAAAUUACUGCAUUAUUCAAUUAUCUAGAUUUGCAACACACUAAUAAAAUUAAAGUUGAAUAACAAAAAAUUGAUAUCAAGCCUAUCAUUAAUUCUCUAUUGACAACUUAAAUUGUUAUGAAACUCCAUUAGUUUUUUUUAUAUGGAAUCUUGAAAGAUGAAGCAACUAUCGAAUAUUAAUUAGCUGAAGAAUGUGGAAUUAUUGUUAACAAGAUUUAUAAAUAUUCUUUGCUAUACUAAGAAUUACAAGAAAUCAAACCAAUUUUAUAAGAUACAUUUCUAAAAACAGCAGAAUACUUAUGUAAAUUGAUAGUCAAAACAUAUCAAAAUUAGGACAAUAUUUCUGGACUUAAGAAAAUUUAAACAUUUUUGCUUCUUACUUUCAAACAAGGUUAUUCAGUAUUUCAUUUAGAUCCACAUUCCAAAGAAGAUUAUGGAGUUCAUAAAUUUUUUCACUCAACAGUUAUUCAUAUCCUCAUAUACUGGUUUUUUAAUAGCCAAAACAAUAAUUUGUAUUAGAAUAUCUUUUUGAAGUAUACAGUUUAUUAAUUUUAGAUUCAUCACUUUGGUGUUGGCUAAUGCUCCGCCUGUAAUCUUGAGUAGCAUCUUAUUUAGACUUGGACUUAUAGGUUUGCUCUUCGACACUUACAAUAUUUACUGUUUGAAUGGAAAUGAACAUGUACUUCUAGCAGAUAGUCUUCUUGCUCAUGUUAAAUGUAUUGUGUAUUCCAUAAAUGCUUCAAUAACGCAUAGAUAAUUGACUGCAAUUUAAAUGAAUCUAAGAUGUCUUGAUUCUUGGAAAAAACUUAUAGAUACUAGUCCAAAAGGAGAACUAUCAAUCUAUAAAGAAAUAAACUUUAUCAUCAAUCCGAAUUUCAAUUUUAAGCACAGCAAGAUAAAUUUCUAUUCUUCCUAAAUGUCAAUAGAUAACAAUGAAUCAAAUAAUACUCCAAAGUUAGGUAGAAUGAGGGAUUAAUACAAUUCACAAAGAUUGAAAGGAAACUAUAAACUGCAACAUAAGCUUCCUCUUUUACAUCCUCUUAAUUAAAAAUAACAUGUUUUGUCAAAAACAUUUAGUACAAAUAACAAACAAUGA